AUGGCUGCUAAGAUAAUUUCUCCACGUUUGACCAUUACCUGGAUCAUUACAUCAAUAUUAUGCAUUAUUGCACUUCUAGGAAAUGGAUUUAUCACCAUUGUGAAUGGGUACCAAUGGCUCCAAAAAAAGAUGAUUCCUUCUGAUUUCCUUUUGACCUGUUUGAGCAGCUCCCGAGUUCUGUCAUUAUUGACUCUGGUGCUGAGCUAUCUUCUAGAAAUUAUCACUCCAGAGACAUACCAACUUUCUUAUACAGAGGAAGUUAUUAAUUUUAGUUUAUUAUUUUUUGACAUUAUCAGCAUCUGGUGUGCCACGUGGCUGAGUGUUCUCUACUGUGUGAAGGUCACCAACUUUGUCAAUCCCUUCUUUCUCUGGCUGAAGCCAAGGAUCAACGUGCUUGCACCUAGAUUGCUUGGGAUUUCAAUAAUUGUUUCCAUGGUUGUCUCUGUUCCUUCAUUUAGCAAAUAUUUUGGAUACAAAAGGUGGUGCAACCUGACAGGAGAUCUGCCAAUGAACACCAGCGAAAAGCAUGUUUGCACUGAAUUAAUCGCUGUUUUUCAACCUGUGCGGUUCGGCUUGGUUUCCGUAAAUUUCAGCCUAAGCGCCGUCUCAACCAUUCUUCUACUUACCUCCCUGUGGAGGCACAUAACAAAUCUGAGAAAGACUGGUGCUGGUAUGAAGGAUGUCAGCACUCAAGUCCACAUCAACGUCAUGAAGCCUCUGGUGUUCUAUCUCUUCUGCUACCUUUCCUAUUUCAUGGGCAUGACAUUUUUUUCAGUUGCGAGUCUUAGAUAUGAUACUUUUGAAGAGCUGAUUUCUGACAUCUUGGUGUUCUCUUCUGCACACACCACAGGUGAAUAUGACUAG